AGUGUGAGUUGUGGAGACGAAAAAUGAUCCUCUGCUAUCAAGAAGUGCAUUUGCUUUCAGGCUGAGGCGUCAGAAAGCAGCAAAGAUUGAUGAUCACCACCCAUGUUUGAAUGAUAUUUCCAGAAAACCUUUAACAAGUUACAGCUAAACUAAAUGAGUGACAAACCAGCCAGUCCAAGAACAAGUGUGGCACAGACUUUAAGUAUGGAUUACUGAGCUGGUCAGGAGCCCCGGAGUUUACAGGACAGCCUGCAGGCACCGCUGCGCACCACCAGGGCGCAAACCGGCACCUCUCCGGUGGUUUCGUCUCCCGGAUUAUCCCUCCGGUCCUGUUCGACAGUUUGCUCACGGGAGCCCCGCUUCACGAAGGCAGGGAGGAGUGAUCGAUGUUGAAACUUUACGGAGAGGACGGACGAGGGGGUUUCCAGCACCGGCUCGACAUCGAUCCUUUCCCCUACUGAACUAUCCCGAGUUGUGCGGCGGAGGAGAGGGACGUGUCUGGGAUUGUUUAACGGAGAGUAACCGACAACCGAGGGGGAGCACAGGGACACAGAAACCAGCCUCCGCCUCCUCUUCUUCUUCUUGUUUUCAUCCAGAGUUUCUUCACGUGGUCUUUAAUGGAACGGUGGAUUUGCACUAAAGACGCACAACUCCAACAUGGGAAGGUUUUAAUUCAUCUGUGUGGACACUGGAAGAAGACUGAUUCACAGCGCAGGGGACAGACUUCGGACUGGACCAACCUCCUCCAAGUAUAACAACCACGACCACAGCAUCACUAGUCCUGCUCCUGCUCCCGCUGCUGUUCAUGGCGGUCUGCUCGCCUCAAAAUGAUGGAAACCAUCAUCACUGACUGGCUGGUCUACUUUGUGAAAAGUGGAGCUUAAAGAUGGUAUCUUUACCAUCGUCUUCAUCACAGCUGUUGUUCAAAGGACCUUUUUGAGGAAUAUUUUCCAUAUUGUGAGGAAUAAUUCCCCGUUUUCCCCUUCAACGAGGCAGAGGAAAUUGAUGGCUGCAACUUUUCCACCGGAUGGUUUGCACUGCCGGGAUUUUCAAAAGGAUCACUAACAACCACCACUCCGUCUGCUCCGGAGUUACCCUCUCACUCAUGCCUGUGAGUGAAUGUGAUUUUAGUGUGAUUAUGUGGUUGUGUUUGCGUCUGCAUGGCGUAAGUGAGAGCUGAAACAUAAGGAUUUCUUUUUUUUUUUACUCUGAAAGGACAAGAGAGGACACAAAGAAAUAGAAAACAAGGAGUAGCAGCUAUGUCCCAGUGGAGGCACCAUUCGAGGACUGGGUGUCGACUACUUCAGACUGCCAAGAGUGGGAGCAGGAUGAUAGGAUUCGUAGGGCUUGAAGGUUCCUUAAGCGCCAGCCGGUGGGUGUCCUCUCUAAUAUGGCUGGGGCUGCUACUGCUGCAGGCGUCUCCAGCUGCCGUGUCUGCUGAGAAACUGGAUGAAAAUGACCCUGUGGUCACCACCACCUACGGCAGGCUGCGCGGCAUGAAGAAGGAGCUCAACAACGAGAUCCUGGGUCCCGUGGUGCAGUUUCUGGGCGUCCCCUACGCCAGUCCGCCCACUGGUGAGCGCCGCUUUCAACCACCGGAGCCUCCAGCGUCGUGGCCGGAGAUCCGCAACGCCACACACUUUGCCCCGGUUUGCCCUCAGAGCAUCGUGGAGGGCCGUCUGCCGGAUGUGAUGCUGCCGGUGUGGUUCACCAACAGCAUUGAUAUUGUGUCCACAUACGUCCAGGACCAGAGCGAGGACUGCCUCUAUCUUAACAUCUACGUCCCCACUGAGGAUGUCAAAAGAAUAUCCAAGGAAUGUGCCAGGAAACCGGGCAAGAAAAUAUGUAGACAAGGAGGUCCCCUUACAAAGAAACACACUGAUGAUUUAGGUGAUAAUGACCGCACGGACGACGAAGACAUUAGGGAGAGUGGAAGCCCCAAGCCGGUGAUGGUUUUCAUCCACGGGGGCUCGUACAUGGAAGGAACUGGGAAUAUGUUCGACGGCAGCAUCCUGGCCAGCUAUGGGAAUGUGAUUGUCAUAACUGUCAACUACCGGCUCGGCGUCCUAGGGUUCCUGAGCACAGGUGACCAGGCAGCCAAAGGGAAUUACGGUUUGUUGGACCAGAUCCAGGCUCUGCGUUGGACCAGUGAGAACAUUGCAGCCUUCGGCGGCGACCCGUUACGUAUCACUGUGUUUGGCUCGGGCGCCGGUGCCUCCUGUGUUAACCUGCUCACGCUGUCUCACUACUCGGAGGGCAACCGCUGGAGCAACUCCACCAAAGGCCUGUUCCAGAGAGCCAUCGCCCAGAGCGGCACAGCUCUGUCCAGCUGGGCCGUCAGUUUUCAGCCAGCCAAGUACGCCCGCAUGCUGGCCCGGAAGGUGGGCUGUAACCUGGAGGACACAGUGGAGCUUGUCGUGUGCCUUCAGAAAAAACACUACAAGGAGCUGGUGGAUCAAGACAUCCAGCCAGCCCGCUACCACAUCGCCUUUGGGCCUGUUAUUGAUGGAGAUGUUAUACCUGACGACCCUCAGAUUCUCAUGGAGCAAGGUGAGUUUCUCAACUACGACAUCAUGCUGGGAGUUAACCAGGGUGAGGGCCUGAAGUUCGUGGAGCUUAUCGUGGACAAUGAAAAUGGCGUUCAGGCCAACGACUUUGACUAUGCUGUGUCCAGUUUUGUGGAUGACCUCUAUGGCUACCCAGAGGGCAAAGAUAUCCUCCGGGAGACCAUCAAGUUCAUGUACACAGACUGGGCCGACAGGCACAACCCGGAGACCCGCAGGAAGACUCUGCUGGCCCUUUUCACUGAUCACCAGUGGGUGGCACCUGCUGUCGCCACAGCUGACCUGCACUCCAGCUUCGGGUCUCCGACAUACUUCUAUGCCUUCUACCACCACUGUCAGACAGAACAGGUACCACCAUGGGCAGACGCAGCACAUGGAGAUGAGAUCCCGUAUGUGUUUGGCCUGCCGAUGAUUGGACCAACAGAACUCUUUCCCUGCAACUUCUCCAAGAACGACGUGAUGCUCAGUGCCGUGGUCAUGACCUACUGGACCAACUUUGCUAAGACAGGGGACCCAAACCAGCCAGUCCCCCAGGACACCAAGUUCAUCCACACCAAGCCCAAUCGCUUUGAGGAAGUAGCAUGGACACGCUACAACCAGAAAGACCAGCUCUACCUGCACAUUGGCCUGAAGCCUCGGGUCAAAGAGCAUUACCGUGCCAACAAGGUCAACUUGUGGUUGGAGCUGGUUCCUCAUCUGCACAGCCUCAACGAGGUCACCCAGCUCAUCCCCACCACCACCAAGAUUCCUUCACCAGAGGUUACUAACCGCACCCCAAAGAACAAGGUUCAGUCGACCAAGCGACCUAACCCGACUCCAUUCCCCACUGAGACCCAGGACAGCCACAACCAGCCACACCUGGUGGACCAGCGUGACUACUCCACUGAGCUGUCGGUGACCAUCGCUGUUGGGGCCUCUCUGCUGUUCCUCAACAUUCUGGCCUUCGCCGCGCUUUACUACAAGAAGGACAAGCGAAGGCAUGAUGUCCACAGGCGCUGCAGCCCCCAGCGGAACGCCGCCAACGACCUGGCUCACACUCAGGAGGAGGAGAUCAUGUCCCUGCAGAUGAAGCAGCACUCGGACCUGGACCGGGACUGCAGGGGUGUCGGCGACUCCCUGCACCCACACGACAUGGUGCUGAGGACUGCCUGCCCGCCGGACUACACUCUGGCCAUGAGGCGAUCGCCGGACGACAUCCCGCUCAUGACGCCAAACACCAUAACCAUGAUCCCCAGCACCAUGGGGGGGCUCACCUCGCUUCACUCUUUCAACACCUUUCCCAGCAGCGGGCAGAAUAACACCCUGCCUCACCCGCAUCCACACUCACACUCCACCACCCGGGUAUAGCCCUGUGUAUGCACCCACGCAGGCAGGACUCUGAUGGUUGAGGCAAAAUCUAACGCCACUCCUGCAGCAGAGACAAACAGCCAACAUGCUGACAAACACAGAUAUGUCAGGAGCUGAAACGCCAGCCUGGAGUUGCCAGACACCCAUGGAAUUACGCUGGGAUUGUACGACACCCUGUUAAUACCUGAGGGAAUAUAGUCAAGGGAUUUCUGGGGGUUUGGACCAGAGGGGGAAAAAAAAAAAAAGUCUAAUUAUGUUUUUUGUAGAAAAAUUAAAGACAAGAAGAAAAAGUACAAAUAUGGAGCUGAAGAAAAACACCCUUACAAGCUAAAACAUGAAGGCGGAUGUUUUUUUAUUAUUAUUAUUUUUGUUCUGAUAUUGCAGAAAAACAAGGUACAGUAAACUACUUUUUCUUUCUAGCGACAGAUAUGGCCUUCGGGAUCUCUUGAAAAAUGAGUGCUUGACAGUAUUAUCUGGAAGCAGAACAGAGCAUCAGACACGCCUCGGAGGUGAGAAGACGGGAGCACUUUGUAAAAGCAAGAAAACAUAUUGUUUUCCUUUGGCGUCACACUGCAGAUUACUGUGUGUGUGGGGGCACAGAGUAGAUGCGCGCAAACCAGUUUAGGCAUGUGUUAACUUCAUAAAUGGAGGCUAUGUAAGAUAAAGCAAAAACAGUUGUUUGAACAGAGCAAAGGAAGGACUGAAGACUUCAAGGAAAAAAGAAACCCUGUAUGCACAAUGGAACAAUUUUGAGGAAAAAAAAUAUGUCACAGAUACUUUUCAUCCAUUUAUUUUUGAGGAUCGGGAACAAUUUUAUUGUAUAGAACCUAUUUACAUAUCUAGAUCUGUACACUAAGCACCAAGGCUGUUUAAGCCCUCAUCUCUUGGGGGGCGUCUAUACUGCAAACCUGCCAGCAGGACUGAACCAGUGGGACGUGGGGAUCCACCUACUGGCUUUCUGGCAGUUUCCAACUUCAACACAGAGAGCUGGAGGACAAAGGAUAAUUGGAUAUUUUAGCACGAUGCGCAUGACAAUUUAUCUGCUUGAUGGCUGCUCUGCUGAUUAUGUCAUUAUUAAGAAUAAUUUUCACCCUCUCCCUUGCAUUGGAGCAAUUUCUGAUGGAUUUCCUGAUUGGAUUACGGGAAAACACACACACACCCUCGCAGGACCAUGGGAAACGCAGUUCCAGGUUGUGGAUGUUGUGGGCUGGAGUUGGGGACAGAAAGGGGAGGGGCCGGGGAUAUGGUAAAACUUUCUUGCAUAACAUAAUAUAGCUUGAGUGGAGCUGGGCAUAUAAGGACUAGUUUUGUACUCUGUGUGUUGGUACUACUUUUUGAUAGUGGUUAAAUCACAUUACACUGUAUCAAUCAAACUCAUCGUACCUUCAGUUGAGAUCAAUGUUCUUUGCUAUUCUACCUAUUGGACAACUUUACCGUAUAGAAGUAAUUACCUGCACUGUUUAAUCCAUUGCCCAUUUUUCUUUUCUUUAACUGGAAGGUGUGUUGAUCGAGUGCCAUAGCGGAAGCCCAUUUGUAUGAAAAAAACAGAGGAAGAAAGUAGUGGAAAAUAUGAUGAAGAGUGAAUCUCUGGGCUACAUAGCUUUUUUUUCUUUUCUUUUUUCUUUAUCCAGCCAAGUUCUGUAGAGCUGUUAAAACCUGAAUGCCUGUACAUGACUAAUACAAGUCAAAGGCCAAGCACAGACAGAUCACAUUGGGUGGAACCUCGGUGGAAACGCACCGCAGGUCGAUGUGAGGAAGAGCGUGGGUCAGGGUAGGUAAAUUCCCAUGAUGCAUUUUUCAUCUAGUUUCAAUCAUUCUCUAUGGUUGAUCUUUUUUGGAGGUACAUUGCGUUAUGGAAAGGAAGAAGAAAGGCUUCCCAUAGCAGCUGAGGCCCGCAGUCAACCCUCUUUACCUCACUUGAAAGAGCUAAUACUUUUCUUCUUUUGGCCCCGCUCUUUUUCUACUGAAGAUUCUCUACUGUCUCAUCUUUUGUACUGAGCUGACAGGUCGGGCUGUUUAGUAAAACGGUUCCCCCUCGCAUCCACACCGCCUUCAGUUCACUGUCUCCUGCAAGGCUGCCUGCCAUCGCUAACAGCUUUAGGUCAGUGAAGCCUCGGCAGCUAACGACGUUAGCCACCAGAGUAGGAAUGUGUCAUACAGAAAAGCAGACUGCAGUCGGAUGCAGUCACUUGAGAGUCAUUGCGGAGGUAAAGUGGUGAUCUUCAAAACAAACCGAGAGGAAUACCCUGGAUGGCAAGCCUAUUGUGCUCAAAUAUAAGAUCUGAAUGCUGGCGCAGAGAUGCUACUUGGUAAGCUGAAUCGCUUGCCUCCCUGUUUUCCCUCCACUAAAGUGUAGAUGUGUGGAGGCCUCUGUUGUGAGAAUACUUCCUGCCCCUUUUGGCUCGCUCACAGGCACUGUGCAGUCAUUCAAAAUAAUGAGUGCAGACUACUGUUACCCCAUAUAACUCUGCAGCAGACACACUGGAUGGGGGAUAAAAUGUAGUUUGUCACAGGGAGUGUUGCUUUUUUGGAUGUGAUUUAAAUUGAAUCAACUAAUUACAACUGUUUGCUCCAGAUUUUUUCCCUGGAUGGAAAUAACCACCAGGGCUUGAUCUGGGAUUUAAACAAAAGGAAGAAUCCAAGCCUAUUAUCACACUUCCCCAUCAUGGGCAAGGGACUUUCUAAAUCCCCCUCCUCUGUAGAAACAAGCCAACAACAUUAAAAAGGUGUGAAUUUCAGACACUGGGGACAGUCUGUCCCGUAGGUCUGUUGGCACUGCACCAGCAGACCACUAGCUUUUCUAGCUCCAGCACUCAGCUUGCUAGUUUCUGAUUACAGACACACAAACAGUCAUAUGCAAAUGAAAUUGUAUGUGUGCUAACACCCUCACACACAACCCUGCAAAGGAAUUGGGCCGAGGUUUUCCAAGUGUUUUGGUAUCUACUCAAGAUAUUGUAUAUAGACUAACACCCUCAUUGCCUGCACUUGGACUCAAGAUUUAUUAGAUUCAUAUAAAAGAAAACUGGUGGUCUUUUUUAAUAGAUUUCACAAGAUGUGGAACCAAGCGUUGAAAAAAAAUUGAAAUGCUGAUGGUGGCUGGAUAGCUUAUUGACAGAGAGUGGUGCAGACAUUAUAAUGACUGUAAAGACUGUCAUUUUGAAAUAUACUACAAGGGUCUGAAGGCUAAUUUAUGCCCAAAAGUAGAUUCAGAUGGAGCCCUCGGUCUGUGCUCUGCAUUCAUUUUGUCUGUAUUUGUAUUUUUGUAUUUUUCUGAAAGUUUGUGGAUGCUGACAAAAACUGGAACAGUACGACCAGAAAUCGCUGGGGGGCAGUGCAGCCAACAGCCAGAAGUACUGGAAGUUAUCUAUGCCAUCAAAUUUGUUCAGUGGUAAUAUUAGUGAAGAGAUUUUUCCCCCCAGUACUUGUUGUGAUAUAUUUAAUGGCAUCACAGACCACCUCUGUCUACAAUGCUGCAUCUAGUGGAUCCACUGCUUCACAUCCAUGCAAACAUAAUUUAUGAAUGGAGGCAUGAAGGCAGUUCUGGUUGCAUUAUUUCAGGUGGACGCAUCUAUUUUUUAAAUGUAAAGUGGGCAAAUAUGAGCUUUAACUGUCAGCUAUGCUACAAUCAGACUACACAGUAUCAGCCCAAUUAUGGCAGACGAAGACCAGGCAACACUAUUCUUUCAAAGCCCAAAACAUGCAUAAGUAAACAAGGAAUGACAAUUUUAUUUUCUUUUAGUGAACCUGUUAACAUUUGGCCAUCACCCUUGGGUCAGGAAAAUAAUACCAAAUUAAUGACACCCAUCAGUGAGACAUGACUUGUAUGCUGCACACCUGAACACUCUCACCAACAGCAUAACUUUCAUCCAUAAUUCUGUCUAUGAAUAUUUAAUCAUUAGUUAUCUGCCACGCAGAUUGUGAAAGGCUGCAUGCUAUGGUUGCUUAGGUCCAACAUGUUGUGGAUCAUAUAUUUCAGCCUCCUAGAGCUCUACAAUCAUGUACAGCUGAUACAGUAAAACCACUGUGUAGUCUGGUCCCCAACCAUCCUGCUUCCAUCACAUUUGGGGUCGGCAUUUCACUGCUCACUCGGAUUCAUGUUAAAUCCAUUUGACUCAAAAUUGUUCUGGAUCAUGACGUACCUGCAUUUUCAAUGAACUACAAGGCGACUAAAACCAUAAACCUUAUCACUUGUGAGCUGUAGGAUGGCAAAGUUUUAGUAGCUUUGGAAAAAAAUAAAUUAAAUACAAUGUCCAGUCUGGUCAGCCCACACGAUGUAAGUGGGUAAUUAUUUUAUUGCUGUGAAUAAUAUAAUUGGCACUAGAUAAGCUAAACCCCCCAGCACCCCCCAGGACCGGCCCAGUUCAGACACUCUCCUGAGAAAUGACAUCGGGGCAAAGCAUGGGCCUCCCAUUGAAUUAAACAUGUAACUGCACCAAUGGGUAAAUAGUCAAGCAAUUGCAGGGCCAUGCUAAUUAGCUGACAGCUGAGGAUGAAUGCUAAUUAAUAACUUCCCUUGCAUUCAGUUGUCUGAUUGGUCAUAGGUAGAAAAAUAUUCCAGCAACUGCAGUGUGAGGAAAGUGAGAGCGGCGUGCUGGGCAGCACCCAAAAUGUUUCAAAUUAAAAGUUGAAAUUGAACUCAAUGCAUGGUAGCAAUUGCGGAUAAGAUUCAGCAUGUGUGGUGACUGCACAGAACUGGAAGGGUCAUAUUUUACUUAUACAGAACAAGCAGUCCUGCUAGAUAGCCUUGGGAUGUAAAGGUAGAUGGACAGACUCAAAAGGUGUUUGAGAGGAGGUGCUGCAGUGACUCAUGAAUCAGGGGGUUACAUAAGUGUGGAAAUGCAUUAAAUUGAUUCAUCAGGGCUAAAAACUGACAUGAAGAGAAGCAUGGCUAUGGAAGCAAAUUGGAAGAGUAUCAUUACUGAGAAAAAACCUGCAACUUUUGAACGUAAAAGCAUCGGAUGACCUUCACACCCCGGAAGAGAAGCGCUCGCUGUGCAGAUUGAGGGAGCUAAUGACAGCAUUAUUCGUAUCACUGAAAAGUUAUGUAAGCAGGACAGGGAAAAAAAAGAGGAAGUGUUUGGAGAUUGAUUACAUUUUGAGCUAGCUGCACAAAUUGAGAGUCAGCUACAGUAGACCUUAGCAUGACAGAUUGCAGCACUAGUUAGCCGCCACAUCCCUCGUGAUUGAGCAGAUGUGAAAAACACUUUGAAAUACACAGCGGCAGAAAAAGGAGAGACUGGGAGGAACCGCCGCCUGACCACAGAGACAGGAUUAAGCACUUUCAAUGAGACUGAAGCUCCUGCUGUCCAUUACAAGUGGCCGGCUGCAAAAACAUGAUAGACAGGAUGGUAGUCCUUACAAACUAAACAAACCUGCACUGAAACAUGCUGGAGUGUGUAUUCACAUUUGGGCAGAGUAGCAGUUCACUCAAAAAUGAAAACCCAGUCAUUAUCUACAAGAAACAAAGAAUCUGAGACGGCCAUUUAUAUAUUUUAAGUGACAUAACUUACUCUCUAGCAGCCAUAUUGGAUGACGUCAGCUUUGUCGUAACAAGCUAUUUUCAAUCGUUAAUGUUCACGUUAGCAAGCUACCGUACAGGCUACACGUUAACAUGUCAGCUGGCUUAGUGUCAUGUGGCUCAUGUCGUCUUGUUGACAUUGACUCUGAUAUUGAAGGUGCCCUGUGAAGUUAACAAUAUUUUGUUGAUGCAAUGUUCCUUAAAAAGUUACUUCGCUAUGACCUGCCAAACAUAUCAAAUGCAUUUUCCUACCUCAUACAACAUUUGCAUUUCCGUUUUCCUCAUUGCUCCUUCUUUUUUCCCCCCUUUCCUGUAUAGUUGAAGUUUGUGUUGUCCAUUACAUUCCUUCACCGUCAAUAUGCAGCAAUGCCCCUAUAAAAGUCAGAAAUGUAGGUCAAGACACCCACAAUACUGGGACUUUCUCAUUACAACAUUGCUCAACAGCACCUCUAGAGGUCAAAAACUCCACAGGGUACCUUUAAUGAUGAUGCUGCUUGUGUUGUGCGUUGUGUAUGUUGCCGUCAGUUACAGCAUAUGCUUUAGAGUAAGGGCUAGGACUUAACAGACGAGGGCUAACUGUGGUUUUUAAUAGUAAAUCUGAACAACAAAAAAAAAUCUUCUCAGAUAAUUAAUUUUUAGCAGACAAGCAAUAUUGUCAUUCACAUUAACUAACAUGUCUGAUUUCAGGAGAUUAUAUUGUUUUUGUCAAGGCAGAAGCAAAAAAAAAAAAAAAAAAAAAAUCACUCCACGUGCAUCAUCAUCAUCAUCAUCAUCAUCAUCAUCAUUAUCAUACAUCAUCAUAGAUGACGUAUGAUAACAAAUCAAUAUUUUUCAUAGAUGAAAAUAAUUGAUUUGACUUCUUGGUCAAAUGUACAGAUUCCUAAUUUAACACAUCUGAGAUGACGCUCCCAAAUGUCUGGAUCUUCAGAAUGAAUUAAAUCCUGUUUGAAAAGGAUUAACCAUAAUAUUUUUUAUUAUUUGGAAACAUAAAAAUGCUAAAUGCUGUGGGCGAAAGUGAAAGUGUGCAUAAAAGAAUGAGGUGGGAAAGAUGGGAACUGUUUUUUUUUUAGGCUGCCUAAAACAAGCGUUUCCCCAAGUGUUCGGUGUUUACCCAGGACUGUGUUCAUGUCACAAUGGAAAACUAACAUUAGCAUUUUCAUCAUCAUGGGGCACUAAAACUCUCUGACAGCCCAGCUGGCUGAAAUUAUUUUAAAAGCUCUGUUUAAAGACGAGGACACCCACCCUUUGACAGAGGAAACAUUAAGCCUUUAAACUAAGAAAUAAUAAAAUAUAAAACAUGGCUGGAUGGUUAAAUCUACUAAUAAAACAUGUGAAGAAGCUCAAAUUUAAUUGCAUAUUUUAUAGCAUUUUAUAUGCCGUGGCAAUUUUACCAGAGAACAUCACGACUACCUUUGGUUUAAGCUCACAGGACCAUAAAAAACAUAAACACACACCUGAUUUUCAGAACUUUUUUCAGACGUAAGCGCUGGUUCAUGACUGAAUUUAUGUUUGUUAGAUCACAAGUAUUCUCUAUUUAUUCAGGACUUCAGGGUCAUGUCGGGCACAGCAUGCAGCAGGAUUUCUUUUGUGUUGUGAAACAAUCACAUCCUUCAGUCAUAAAGACUCAGAACAUAUAGCUGUACAUUUCAAAACACAAACACUACAAAAGAUAUAUGUCAGCCCUUCUUGAGUGCGUUUAUGUGGGAAUCCAUAUGCUGAUAUUCUUAAUUUUGUAGUUAAAAGUAUAAUUCACUGUCAGUAACCGAGGCUUGUACACAUCCCAUCCACCCGUGUUUAUUUCUGCAAUGUGCCUAAUUUCUGUUUGUGUUAAGAUUUUUAAUAUUGUGUUAAUUUUAUGUGUUAUUUGACAUCUGGCUUGUCCUGAAUAAGACUUGAAUUGGGAUUUAAUUGGCCACAUGCUUGUAAUAUUGUCAAGUCAGUGUUCAUAUCCAAAUGGCAGAUGUAAGAUAUAAGUGUGACAAAGCCCCAGAGUUGAGACUAUCUACCGUCCAACGUCUCCUUUCUGUGCGUACAUCAUUCAAAGAGGGGAACUCUGAACCUAUCCAGGUAGCAUUUCUUCAGUCAUUUCUGUUGUAUCCCAACACCAGUAUGUUUUAAAAGAGCCAGUCUAGCAGGGUGACUAUGAAUCCACACAGUUUGGGACUGAAGACACUUGAGAAAAACCCUGUUCUAGGGGGGACGCUCCACUUUUGUGCCAGUGUAAAUCUGCCCCGACCGUAGUCCACAGUCAGCCUAUGCCGUAGUGUGCGGGACGGACGGGGGGAGGGGAGGAACGAGCACUGCGAAUGAAUGUAACGCAACGUGCCAUUUUCUAACCUCAAAUCACAGCAGAGACUUCAACAACAACCGAACCCUCAGAUUCAUCCUGAGAGGUUUUUGCUAGCAGUCUGAAAACUUAAAGGUGGGUUUGUUCUUUGAAUGCCAUGUGAAACAGGGGGCACAUGUGAGCGGGUCUGGCAUUUGUAAUGUAUAUUAUUUGUCACUUGUCUUUCUUUCUGGUUAAAUAGUAAUUACU